AUGUCCUCUAUGUCCACAUCUGUUUGUGGUGGAGGGGAUGCUGCAGCUGCCCAGCCAGCAUUCAGGGGAUGUGAGCAGGCCCUGCUGUGUUCAGACCGCUACGCCAGUCUCAUCCUGGCCCAGAUGAACAAGAUGCGUCUUCGCUCAAACUUCUGCGACGUGGGGCUUAAAGUCGGCUCGCGUGUUUUCAAGGCCCACAGGCUGGUGCUCGCUGCCAGCAGCCCGUACUUUGCUGCCUUGUUCUCAGGUGGGUUGAGGGAGGCCAGUAAGGAUGAGGUACAGCUCAUCGGAGUGGACACUGACGUCUUUGAGAUUUUGUUGGACUUUAUAUACACAGGGUCCAUCAGCGUAAAUGUGGAGAAUGUUCAGGAGCUGAUUGUGGCAGCAGAUAUGCUGCAGCUGAGCGAGGUGGUGUCCAUAUGUGGGGAGUUUCUCAAGGGUCACAUGGACCCUUUCAACUGUGUGGGCGUCUUUCAGUUUCUGGAGCAGAUCGCUUGCCUGAACAUGCUGGAAUAUGCCGAGAACUACAUCCACGUUCACUUCCUGGAGGUAUGCGUCACUGAUGAGUUCAAGAGCCUGUCAAAGGACCAGUUGGUGAAGGUUCUGAGGAGUGAGGAGCUGAGGAUUGAGGACGAGUACCAGGUUUUCACUGCAGCCAUGGACUGGAUCCUUCAAGAUGUGACAAAAAGGAAAAAGCACGUUGUUGAGGUGCUGGAAGCAGUCCGCUUCCCCCUGCUGUCCCCACAGAGACUGUUCAAAUACAUAGAAGGUAUUACUGACUUCAGCCUGCGGGUGGCGCUGCAGACUCUGCUGAAGGAGUACACUGAGGUCACAAAAUCAUCCAAAGAAAACAAGACGAACGCUCAGCUCCAACCCGCCAAGAUGAGACCCAGAAGAAAAGCCAGAAAGUUCCUCUAUGCUAUAGGGGGCUACACCCGGCUGCAGGGCGGCCGAUGGAGCGACAGCAGGGCGUUAAGCUGCGUGGAGCGCUUUGACACCUUCAACCAGUACUGGACCACCGUGUCGUCUCUUCACCAGGCCCGCAGCGGGCCAGGAGUCGCAGUUCUGGAGGGAAUGAUCUACGUGGUGGGAGGAGAAAAGGACUCGAUGAUCUUUGACUGCACAGAGAGGUACGACCCCGUCACAAAGCAGUGGGCUUCUGUGGCGUCUCUGAAUUUUCCUCGCUGUGGGGUUGGAGUGUGUCCCUGCCACGGCGCUCUAUACGCAAUGGGCGGUUCGAUUGGAUCAGAGAUCGGGAAGACGAUGGAGCGAUACGAUCCAGAAGAGAACAAGUGGGAGGUGAUUGGCUCCAUGGCUGUUCCACGCUAUUACUUUGGCUGUUGUGAGCUACAAGGAUUGAUUUACGUGAUUGGAGGGAUCAGUGAUGAAGGGGUGGAGCUGCGCUCGGCAGAAGUUUAUGACCCCAUCUCCCGCCGAUGGAGCACCCUGCCUAUCAUGGCUUCACGGCGGGCAUAUGUGAGCGUGGCCUGCUUAAAUAAUUGUAUUUAUGCAGUGGGAGGCUGGAACGAGGAGCUGGGUGCUUUGGAGACAGUAGAAAAGUACUGUCCUGAGGAGGAGAAGUGGGUGGAGGUGGCCCCCAUGUCCACAGCACGCGCAGGUGUGUCAGUGUCAGCAGUUAACGGGCUGCUGUAUGCUGUGGGUGGAAGGGCCGCCAGCAGGGACUUCUCAGCACCCGUGACAAUAGAUUCUGUGGAGAUCUACGACCCCCACCUGGACAAAUGGACCGAGGUGGGCAACAUGAUCACCAGCCGCUGCGAUGGUGGACUUGCAGUUCUUUGACACCCCUCACCUCCCGACUGUUUCAACGUCAGCAACUGAAGCAUCUCAAACUGUUGAAAAGCUGCACCUUACGAAACACGCAGAGCAUGUUUCUGUCUCAAACCG